CUCCGCUACAUUUCGACUACACUUCACACAGUAGUGGACGAGUAAGAAAUUAUUAUUGCCGCCGAGGCGAACUCUUACCGGGAUAAUUGGACUCGCGGUGGCAAGUUUCGUUUUAAUAUGCGACUCCAGCAGAGUAAGUACACACCCCGCCCGCCAAGAAUGAUCCAGCACUUACUUGUAGAUAGGUAUAGGUUGCUCUUCUUACCCACUUGAUGAUGAACUGGAGUGUGCGAAGGCCAAAAGAGCAUCGCUCGCGGUGUGUGAUCCCGCGCAGACAGGCACGCCGUCCGCCGCCAAGCAUAGACAGACAGUUUCAACUGAAUUGAACGACUCAGUCGGUAUCAACGCAUGGUCACGGGCACAACGAGCAGAUAGUUAAUCAGUGAUAGCUGCGGAGGAAAGUGCGCAAGUGACUUACUUACUGGUUCCAUUCAUUUCUAAUGCUGCAUCGGAAGACGACUGCAAGGCCGAAAGCUUAAUAAAUGACACUGCCUGUGGUGCUCGGAUGUGCAUAUCGAUAGUGAAGGUCGAAGUGUGAAGAAUUGGGAUUGGAAUACAGUAUUGAAGCUUGGGAGAAUUGGCACUGUUCUGCAAGUGAAAAUAGUGAUCAAGUGAACCUUCAACAUGAGAUUAAAUCUGCUACUUUUGAGUUUAUUAUUCUGCUACUGCCAAUGUGCCUAUUCGUAUAUUGUGGAUCCAGGACCCGUUGUUAAGGCGACUAAAGGUGCUCUCUGGCCGAAACCCAAAACUCAAACCCUAAGUCAGAGGUAUUCGGUGAUCAAGCGACCGACCUUCCACUUCCAGGUCGUCAAUCAAACGUGUGAGGAUAUUUUAACCAAAGCCAUCGAUCGGUAUCAGAAAAUUGUACUCAACGUUGGUAACGAUUCUCGGCGAUCGUUGUUCAGCGCUUCCAAGACUGAGAAGAAUCUUUCACGACGAUCAUGGCGUUCGGAUGUGAAUUUCAACGAAUAUUUGGAAGAAGUUACAGUAAACCUCAAAGCACCGUGCGAAAACCUACCGUACUUAGGAAUGGAUGAAUCAUAUGAAAUUAUUGUUAGUGAAACGCGAGCUACCAUCGAAUCAUUUUCCAUUUGGGGAAUACUGAGAGGUCUUGAAUCAUUUUCACAGAUGGCUGUGCUUUCCAAUGAUGGAAGUAUGCUUUACGUCAACCUUACGACUGUUACGGACAGUCCUCGAUUUUCCCAUCGAGGUCUCCUGGUGGACACCUCCCGUCAUUACGUUACCCUAUGUACUCUGAUCAAAAUCCUCGACGGAAUGGCCUACAACAAACUGAACGUAUUCCACUGGCACAUCGUGGACGACCAUAGCUUCCCCUACCAAAGCAAAGUCUACCCCGAGCUGAGCGAACAAGGUGCUUACCAUCCGUCGAUGAUCUACACUCCACAAGACGUACAGAACAUUAUUGAAGAGGCUCGUCUGCGGGGUAUUCGCGUCAUAUCGGAAUUCGACACGCCAGGUCACACCCGAUCGUGGGGUGUUUCCCAUCCGGAACUACUGACCGCCUGCUACGACCAGUACACAGGGAAACUUGGCCCCAUGGACCCCACCAAAGAGUCGACGUAUACGUUCUUGUUCAAGCUGUUCCAGGAAGUCGUUGAGGUGUUCCCAGAUCAGUUCGUCCAUCUGGGAGGCGACGAGGUCGGGUUUGAAUGCUGGGCUAGCAAUCCGGAUGUAAUGGAAUACAUGAAGCAGAACAGGCUUUACUCUUUUGAAAUGCUGGAGGAGAAAUUCAUUCAACGCAUUGUGGAUCAAAUUGAUGUGCUGAAUAGGAGUUCCUUGGUGUGGCAAGAGGUUUACGUCAAUGGAGUGCGGCUGCCCAAUGGAACUGUUGUCCAUGUAUGGACUGGCAAUCGACAGGACCUGCUCUAUAGGAUCACGAGUGAUGGCCUUCCGGCGCUGCUAUCGUCCUGUUGGUAUUUGGACCAUUUGAGCACUGGAGGAGAUUGGCGAAAGUUCUACAAUUGUGACCCCCAUGACUUCGUUGGAACACAAAAGCAGAAGAACCUGGUGCUGGGCGGUGAGGCAUGUAUGUGGGCUGAGGUUGUGAACGAUCACAACAUUCUGCAACGGAUCUUUCGUGUGUCGGCUACGGCUGAGAAACUGUGGUCCCAGGAAGAUGUUACCAAUACGGACGAUGCAGCUCGGCGGCUGGAGGAGCAGACGUGCCGUAUGAAUCUUCGUGGUAUUCCAGCUCAACCGCCCAAUGGACCCGGGUUCUGCUUGUAGAAUAAUGGGUAAAGAUGGUUUGACUAAAACAUUUCGAUUUUUGAAAAUCA